UCCACAGGGUUGAGUUCAAAGAAAGGUUUGCUCACGCUUUAUUGUAACAAAAUAGAUUCAUUACUGGAACAGUGUAAAGCCUAUGGGCAGCGCCAAGAAGAUCCCGAGUUAAUAAUGAGCGCAUCUGAGACCAAGGAGCUAGUCUUGAAACUUAAUGCUACUUCUCAAAUCGUAUCCGAAGCCUUGUCUGACUUCACGUCCUUUAUCGAUUCUCUUGCGGACAGUCUAGCACCCGAGCAGCUUGAUCAAGCUAAUGCUUACAUUGAUUGGGCACAGGAAUGCAUCGAUAACGCGCAUGUUGCGGCCAUCGAACUGGAAGCAAAGAGAAUAAGCGCAAUAAAAAUGUACGGAGGACCAAUAAGAAAUUCCAAUAACUUGCACAUUAGAGCGCCACAAACACAGAAAUUUAACUACUUGAUUUCUGCUCUGCGAGGGGACGCAAAAAAAUCAGUGCGCCGGUUCAACGUGACUGAAGCAAACUAUGAGAAAGCCGUAGAUUUCUUACGCAAAAAGAAUGGUGAUGAGUCACGCCUUAUCGAUAGCUUACAGAUGCGCCUUGAACGCGCUUGCGCUGAAAAUUUGAGCCUCGAAGAACAGCGGCGCCUCCUUGACACUGUGAUGCCACUAGUAGCCCAAUUAGGAGAUAAAGGGGUGUUUUUAAAUGGCUCCUUUUUGAGUCAGAAAGUGCUGUCAAUAUUCAAAAUGGAUCUUCAGCGAAAGUUCUUGAGCGGUGUAUUAAUGAUUCCACUCAAGAGUACUCUUGGCACAGAAGAGCGUAUUAACUAUGUGGUGAACAAAAACCCCAUCCAUAACAGAGUUAAUGCAACAAGAAUUGCUAACGCGCCAUCUCAGAAGGCCGACAUGGUAGGUGCGCCAUGCCUUUUUUGUAUUUUUCCCAGUCAUAAGUCUCUGACAUGCACCAAAUACGCCACUAUAGAAGAGCGUAGCAAAGUCUUUCGGAGCACCAACCGUUGCCUCAACUGUGGAACAUUGUCCAGAGAGGGUUGUAGAAAUUGUAAUGGGAAGAAACAUCACCAUACCCUGUGUCCUUUGAGGGUUCAAAGAUACCACUCAACCUCGCGCCAACAAUUACCACCAUUUAAGAAGACCAACCCUUCGACAGAAUCCAGGAUACCUUCAGACCAGCAAAGGAAGUGGUCUAGAAAUGUGGAAGAGCAACGGAUCAAGAAACGUAGUCGAGCAAAUGCGCCCACACUCGAAGUCGAUUCAUUCGAAAGUCCCGCAAUGUCAGAGCCACCGCAUGUGGUAUGCAACAGGAAAACACUGGAACAACGGGAUAAAAAUGGGGCUAAGCACGAAAUGCUCCUACACACGCUUCCAGUCCUCACUACGGCCAAUAAAAGAGCACGCCUCACCCCUGCUGACUUGAAUUUUAUUGAAAGUCGACACAUUCUUCUAUCCAAAGCACACCACGAGAGCAUAUCUAAGCCUCAAAUCCUAAUUGGUCGUGGCUAUGGGAACUAUUGGAUGUAUCGCACCCACACUAUACCCUGCCAUCAGGACUUCAUC